AAGAGAGUUGGCGCAGAGACCAGGUACCUGCAAGGCUCCCGGGAAACGCGACUGCUCGGGGCCUACCUACGCUACAAGCUCCAUGGGCCUCGCCAUCUCCAGAUCAACAUCUACAUCGAUACCCGCAACCAACACUCGCUGCACUCCAUUCUUGAGCCAUCAAGUCCUGAUCCCGCAACAGUGAUUCAAUACUACCACAUCGAGAAGUUGAGCCUCAUCACAACCGCCAAAAUGUCUAUGCGCAUCGUCCCAGCUGCCGGCAACACAACCUCCUUCACCCACCUCAAGAAAGCCGGCGCGCCUUCAGCCCCAGGUCUGCACGACACACUCCGCCAUGGCGUAGGACCCACCUCCAUAUCUUCAGACCAACCUACGAGCCGGCACCCGCUCGAGUCCCGCCUCAAGGCCUGGGAGGCCACCCAAGAGGCCGUCCGCAUGGAGUCGCUGCGCAAGACCUUUGGCAUGUCGGAGCCCAUCCGCAGGGGCAUGGAGCUCAAGAUCACAGCCGCCGGCGAGUGGCGCCCAUUGGCCCUGGGCGGUGGGCUCCCCAGCGUACACGAGGAUGUCCUGAGAGGACGUGAGGCCGUCAUCGAGUGGGAGGACGUCUUUACCGGCGAGGAGCAGAGGAGUGCCGUUGGUAUGCAUGAUGAGAUGGAGCGGAAGCUGAAGAUUUGAGCUUGAGGAGACUGGGGUGGACUUGACUUGGGCAUGGCAUGAUGAGGCAUGGCGGCAUUUCAACAUGAAUGAGGCGAGCUCCAUCAGCGUUCGCGGCACGGUUGGCAUCUGUAUGAUAUGACGAGACAUGGGAAUAGACGGCCGACUGAAGGUGUCAUUUUCUCGCAGCAACAAACGUCAAAACGUGAAAUGCGGAUAUGAGCAAGU